UGGACACAACGCUCCGUAUUCCAUAUGUCUUUCGCUUAUUCUGAGUCUCCUGCAGAAAUAAGUAUUAGAGUGCCGAAAAUAACGACGUGCUGUCGUCAGGACAUAUCUCUUCCGAAUUGGCAUCUAUUUGUGUGAAAGCUCUUAGAACGCACCCAAAUUUAAAGAAGAGACUCCAGAGCCAUCUUGUGAUAAAGCGCCGAGACUAUUCGCGUACUCGCGGCUACUUGGAUCGCGCGCGAAACGGUCCCCGUUCGCGCUUGAAAUACUUUCGUUGAUCGCGAUGGAGUCGUUGUCCGAGUUGAAUUUGAACGAUUUAGACAACCUACUGCCACAGAUGAAGCAGAAGUUAUUGUCGGGGACGGAAAGCGCGCAGAUGAUAAUAGAACGCAUAUUGUCGAUCUUGAGAAAUGCAAGCGAAUCUAAACGGGCUGUUAUCGUGGGGAAACUCGUUAAUUCGGACAUGAUAUUCACCAUAUGCGAGGUCAUGCAAACGUCGGAUGAGAACUUCGUCAAAAUCGUUCUCGAAUGCUUCAAGCUCGCGAGCACGCACAAGGAAUUCUAUGAGAAUCACGCUGCCGUGACUGCCGUGAAGUCGAUGGCGAGACUCACUUACUGCGUAAAUAAGUCGCUGAAAGACUCGACAUUAUUCGAGAAGCUUGUACAAAGCAUUUGCAACGUGCUCGUUAGAUCAUCGGAAUUGGCCGUGGAUCUCAACGACGUGUGCGACUCGCAGCAGAUCAUGCUUCUCGUGAACAACCUGGACGUGGACGAUUUGCGACUAAAGCUUACCGUCGUGACGAUGCUGAACGUCGUGCUGCAGCGUGGGAUUUUCAACGAGAACGUCGACGAAGAGAUAAUCAUUGACGUGUGCUGCACCGCGAUAAGUUCGAUGACGAGAAUUGUGAAGUACAGCAAGGACGAUAAUGCAAUUUUGCUCGCUGUGGUGAUACUAUGCGGCACUUGCGCCGGCGGCUCCCGCAGGUUCUGCUGCGCCAGUCUCGAACAAAAGAGUCAGAUCGGCAACCUUACGAUUCAGCAGAGGAAGACCGAAUUGUUGGAUACCAUUUACAACGUGACGAUGACAAUAAUUAUACCCCACGUGAAGGAUGCGAACUUGUCCCGCAUAGAUCCGGUCUCGUUACACCAGAACCUCGUCUCUUGCCUGAGCAAUCUGUACCAGCUGAAGAGUUGCAAUCACGACAACUUGUCGAACCACUUGACCGCCAGUGGUUAUCUCAAGUAUUUCUUAUACUUGACCGUGCAAUCUCCGGAAAAUUUACGAAGGAGUAUCUGCAUAUUGCUAUCACGAAUCCUAUGUAUCCUCGGCAAAACGGCAUUCUCCAAGGACGCGGACAAGUUUAGAAAUGUUUUGUACGUGGGUCUUCUCGAGCUGCCGAAGGAUUCCGCGGAUCAGUGGAACAAUGUAAUAGCGCGUAGAGGGAAAGCUGAGACUGCUCUUGCGAUCCUGCUGUACUACCAUUACCACGGCACUCAGGAAAACGACAUAGUGUCCCCGCAGUCACUGAUCGCUCGGGUCAGGUUAAUGUUGCCGUCAAAGGCAAUACUGGUCUCGGUUUUAAAACCACUGUGGUUCUUGUUUGCCGUUACGUCUCUAUCACAUCCAUAUGCCAGUUUGACAUAUCAUUAUGAAAGCGCGGCUGCUCGAUUGGCGAAGAUCUUACACGUGAACGAAUCGAAAAUAGGAAAGUUUUAUACCCAUCACGUCAACCUUAUGCAGCAUUGCCUCGUUCGCCCAGAGUAUUCGCAACGCGUGGUGAAUAAAGUCUUAGACUUGUGGCUGAUCGAAUCCGACGGCGACAUCGAACCGUUAUUGCCGUUCAUUUGCACCAAAGUGGCCCGCCGUUUACUGGUUGUGAUGUACGCCAAUUGCCAGCCGCGUGUUAUGAGCUUAGCUGCGAAAGCACUUCGUCAUUUGGUUGAGAUCGGUCAUCGAUAUGUCGAUCACAUUGUGGAUAUCGUUUGGUAUAUGCUGCCGAAUAUUCUCUCAUCGUGCGAAUCGGACACCGUCGCGUAUACAGAGGUUCUGGAAUUAACUAAUAUUACCCGACCGCAUACAGUGCCGACGCAUCACAUAGAACGCUGCGCCAACAGCAUCGUCAAUAUCAUAUCGAAGAAGACCACGAAUUUGAAAUUCAUGACUUCGAUUGUAAAGCAAGCGUACGUCUUUUUGGACGCCACUAAGUCACGCAACUCGUUCGGAGUGCUUAAGAUCUACAUAAAGAACGCCGAGCUACUGAAGAAUCUGUACGUCUACGGAUUUUCGAAAGAGAGAUCAGAAUUGUCGUCGGUUAGCGUGAAGCUGCUGACGUACGUUGUGCAUUGUCAGAAGAAAUCCUCGAUCAAGUGCGAACAGUCGUUGAUCGUCCGCAUAAAAGCUUUGGUUGAGCUGUUAAUGCACGCGGCAAAAUCGCUGUGCUGCGCAAUAAACGGAUUACAACUAAUACGCGAGCUUCUGACGCAGAAUGUUAAUAGAUCGGCUGUCGUCUUGCAAGAGAUCGCAGCCAAUGCCGAUGCCGACGACACUGACAUGCUUAUCAAUCUUUAUGAAUUUCUCCAUAUGGCGCACGUACAGGAAUAUCCAGUGCAAAGAGACCUGGUAUAUCAGUGUUUAGAAGCUCUGUUGAAUUUUUGUAACGCCAAGGUGCCCGAGCUGAUACCUCUUCUUUGCACCGUGAUGAGUAAUUACAAUCUCUUCCUCGACGUCGUGAACACGCGACAUGUGUCACGUCACUUCGUGAAAUACGCCGUCGUGUGGCUUCAUUAUCGCAGGACGACUUGUAACGACGUACCGUGGAACUCCAGAUCGUUGUACAAGACGCCCUUUGACGAAGUUCUGGACCAGCUUAGGGAGUAUUCCGCGAUCGUUAAGAAGAAGGGCCUGAGGGCCUAUUGGGACCUUCAACGCGCGCUGUCGCAGUAUCCGAGUGAACAAUAAUAAAACUCGUAUAUCAUAUCACGUUGUAUCACAGUACAAGUGGCUUAUGUCGUUUAGCGAAGUUGCAAACGCGUUCUAUCUCUCAUUUUUCCUCCUCUUUACGUUUUUACGAAA